AUUCCAUUCGUUUAGGUACAUCAGUUGCUCUUCAAAACAGUAUCGGACUACGUUAUAAAAGCCAUUUGAAUCGUAUUCAAAUCAGUUUCCGAUUGUCAUUGGUCAGGACAGAAAAUGAUCUCUACUCUGUGGACAUGGAUGGUUUUGCUGGCGAUUACUCUCAUGGUUCGAGCUCAGGAAGACCUGUACGAGCUGUCGAUCAUUCACGUCAACGACAUCCAUGCCCGUUUCGACGAGACCAGUGAUUAUGGCCCAACGUGCAACCCAGAGGAUGGAGACACUUGCAUGGGAGGCUAUGCUCGCACGGUGGCGGUGGUAAAAACUUUAUUCGCCAACCGAAACAAUCCGCUUUAUUUGAACGCUGGGGAUAACUAUCGGGGUUCUCUUUGGUACAACGUUCAUCGAUGGAACGUUACGGUGGAGCUUUUGAACAUGCUGCCAGCUGAUGCUAUGACCAUAGGCAAUCAUGAGUUCGUCCAUGGAGUCGACGGAGUGGUUCCGUUUCUGGAGCACAUCAAUAUACCGGUUUUGUUGGUUAACGUUGACAACAGGGAUGAGCCGGAAUUUAAAAAAUACCAAAAGUCGUUGGUUAUCGAACGGAAUGGACGAAAAAUUGGACUUAUUGGAGUCAUGUUGCAACCAAAUAACGCUAAUGUUGGAAACCUUAUUUUCAAUGAUGUUACGGAAACUGUUCGGGAGGAAUCAAUUGUCCUAAAAAGACAAGGCGUGGAUAUAAUUGUUGUGAUUUCGCACUGCGGGUUUAAUGUGGAUAAAACUAUCGCAGAAUACGCUGGACCUGAAGUAGAUAUAAUUGUCGGAGGGCAUUCGCAUACAUUUUUGUACACAGGUGAAAAUCCGAAUAUUCCAGACGUUCCGCAAGGUGAAUAUCCGACCAUCGUAACGCAGGAAAGUGGCCACAAAGUGUUAAUUGUGCAAGCUUCUGCAUACACGAAGCUGGUUGGAGACAUUGUGUUGUUUUUCGAUGAGGCUGGAAUCAUUCAACGAUGGGCAGGAAAUCCAGUUUAUUUAAGUGCCGAUGUGUUACCAGACCCAGAUGUUGCACAAGCCAUGAUUCCGUGGAAGCUUGCCGUCGAAGAGGCAGCCGUGCGUUCUGUUGGUCUAACAAGUGUAGUUUUGUCGGAUGCGAACUGCAGUUCAGGCGAAUGCAACAUGGGCAGCUUUGUAGCCGAUUCGAUGGUAUCGGCUUACAUCCCCCUGGCUGAACCUGGACAAUGGACAUAUGGUGCCAUUGCUUUGAUUCCUGCUAGUGACAUUCGUGCAACUUUGUACGAAGGAGAAAUUACAUACGCUGACGUUCUGGAUGUUCUACAAAAUGAGAAUAAUCUGAUAAGCAUUGAACUACGUGGUGAUUAUCUUCUGGACAUCCUGGAGCAGUCUGUGGCACAAACUUCGGAUGAGGAAACUUUUGUUGGACCCAGUAUGAUGCAGGUGUCUGGACUUCGGGUCAAAUACAAUGUCACGAAUCCGGUUGGGGAGCGAGUUGUUUCCCUGGAAGUCCGCUGCAAUGAUUGCAGGGUUCCUCGUUUUGGUCCUCUCGAUCCACUGAAGUAUUAUCGUGUGAUAACUAAUUAUUUCACGUCACGUGGUGGUAACGGAUUCUAUCAAUUUUCGGAUCGUGCACGUAGCAAGCUUAUUGGACCGCUAGACAACGUAGCGUUUGAGGACUACGUUAGGCAAAACUCUCCAGUGACGCAAGAAACCGAUGGUAGGAUUGAAAUCUAUUCCUAAUUUAGAUGGAUUAUCGAGUUUAAGAAAUAAAUCUAAAACA